ACAAGAUGUAAUAUCGCAUUAUAUUCUCUUAUUUCUGAACAUUACCUUCACGUCUCUCUGCUGUAAGGACAACAGAAGAGCAGAUGUUUAACUGUAAAAUUGACGUUUUAUGGAAUACGUAAUUCAAUCAGAAGACGCUGCUAUUUCACUCUGCCGUAUAGCUCUAUGCCGUAUUGCAGUCGGUGUUGCUGUAAGGCGAGUGCAAACACAAGAUGUGGAUAUUCAAAUUCAAUAUUUUGGCGUUUUUGUUCCUUUUUGUGGGGCAAUAUAACACUUUUGCUCUUCAGGAUGUAACGGCUGACCUUUUUGGUUCCGAAAAUUUUGGGACGGUGGCAGCGUUUGGAGAUUUUUACGCGGAUAAACAGACAGACAUCUUCAUAAUCAGAGAACAGUCUGAACUGGUGAUAUUCUUGGCUGACUCGAAAACACCUUACUUCAAGCCCAAAGUUCACAUUACUAAGGACAUUUUCCCAAAAGACACCGUUCUCACUGGUGUGGUUCCUGGAGACUAUGAUGGAGACUCUCAGAUGGAUGUCCUUCUUACGGCUCAGAUUAACUCACAGUCAACAACAACUGUUUUCAUCUUCUGGGGCCACAACCAGACAUUAGAUAUCAAUGGGAUGCUCACGCUGAGCAAGUCUUUUGCAGAUCAGCCACUUGUUAUGGACUUCGAUGGGGACAUGAUCCCAGACAUUUUUGGAGUCACCAGCCCCCCAUCCACCGAAGUCUGCCGUCUCACCAACAGGGCUGAAGCAUGUCAGAAUGCACUGGGUUCACCUGUCAAGAUGCGCAUUCCUCAUUCUAACGCUUUCAUUGAUCUCAACAAGGACUUCACCGCUGAUUUGUUCCUGACAACCGACGGGCCUAAAUUUGAGACCUGGAUCAACAAGGACAGGAACUUCACCAGAGCUGAAGUCAUGCCUACAGAACCGCCACCAGCCAGUAUUGUGGGACAGUCCUCCUUUGUCGACUUUGAUGGUGACGGCUACCAGGACCACCUCCUCCCCGUGUGUGUGGAUGAGGCCUGUAAACAGAGUGCCAUCUACCUGGCCAAGUCAGGCUCAAAAGAGUGGGUGUCAGUGCUGUCAGACUUCCACCAGAGGGAAACAGUUUGGAGCUUUAUGCCAGGGAAACCCAGCCAACCCCUGGCCCUGCACCUUGGGGACUACAACCUGGAUGGCUUCCCUGAUGCUCUGGUGGUCCUCCACAACACCAGUGGCAGCGGUCAGCAGGCCUUUCUGUUGGAGAACGUUCCCUGUAACAGCGCCAGUUGCCGUAGUGUAGGAAGAAUGUUCCACAUCCACUGGGACCAGUCAGAUUUGGGUGCCAUCCAAAAUGCCGUCAUGGCGACGUUCUUUGACAUCUAUGAGGAUGGUAUAUUAGACAUGCUGGUUCUAAGCCAGGCGGAGGGCAAAAAUGACUUGAUCAUCCACGCUUUGAAGAACAAUUUUGAAGCUGAUGCCUACUUCGUUAAAGUGAUGGUGCUCAGCGGCCUCUGCUCCAAUGACUGUCCAGAAGAUGUAAAGCCUUUUGGUGUUAACCAGCCAGGUCCUUAUGUCAUGUACACAACGGUGGACUCCAAUGGCGAAGUGAAAAACGCCUCAGCCGGUCAGUUGAGCCAGUCGGCUCACUUCUCCCUCCAGCUGCCCUACACUGUGCUGGGCCUCGGACGCAGCGCCAACUUCCUAGACCACCUUUUCGUUGGCAUCCCCCGGCCUUCUGGAGAGACGGACAUAAGGAAGCAGGAGUGGACGGCCAUCAUUCCCAACUCUCAGCUCAUCGUCAUCCCCUUCCCACACAAUGAACCCCACAGCUGGAGUGCUAAGCUGUACCUGACUCCGAGCAACAGCGUGUUGCUGACGGCCAUCGCGCUGAUCGGAGUGUGCGUCUUCAUCCUCGUCAUUAUUGGAAUCCUCCACUGGCAAGAGAAGAAAGCAGACGAUCGAGAGAAGAGACAGGAAGCCCACCGCUUCCAUUUCGACGCCAUGUGAUGGAAGAGAAGUGCAUCAUGGGAGAACAUCCUCUCCUGUCCCCCUCCGCCUGCCCGUCACACUCUUUCCUCCUCCACACACACAUUUUCACUCAGACUCGUUUCAAGGGCCAAUAAAUGGAUCCUCAUUUGCCCCAAAAUGUUUCUUUUUGAUAUUCUUCAGUCCUCCAGUCAGAUGUGAAAUAUUUAUGUUCCAUUUCAUUAAUUCAUUCCAGUGUUAGAAGUACAAGAGCUUCAACAAGGCCAUGGAGACGCAGAGAGAAAUCCUGAUGGAGAGCUCUGACAAGUUUAAAGCUGGGGUUUCUUUGGACUGGCUCUCAUUGGCAACAUAAUCAUCAGUGGUGUUCAAGAGUUCUGCUCAAAUGGCCAACAAAUUACUCCAAUACUGUAAACUCUUUGAUUAUUCACUGGAAGGGAAGCACCUUUGGCACCAAAUGUUAAAUGUGUACCGUUACUUGAAAUCCAUGUCAGUGUCGCUGUCUUGUCUUUGUCUGUUUGAUUCUCCUCUCCCUUCUGCAUUUGACUGAGAUAUUGCAAAGAAAUCCCUCAGAUUUUAUUACUUGUGAAAUUAAACAGAAUUGUUUUCCGUGUUAUCGAUCUCAGCCUUGCAGCUACAGCAGCAACUGGUGCAAAGUGAAGAAAAACAGACACAUGCACCUUAAUGAAUCUGUGGACCAUUUUUCUGCUGCCAAUCUCACCAGAAAUGAUGAAUGGCCUUCAGGGCCUCUGAGUGCAAAUUCAUCUUUGUCUCAGUUGAUCAUUUCACAGCGCAUCAUGGCAGUGCCUAAAAAGUAACGUAUCUGUGUUGCAGCCUGCGGAUUUCUAAUGCUACUGCGUCGAGUCUGCUCUAAAAAGCGCUCAUCUUGUUUUUGAGAUAAAAAGUUUCUGUUUGUUUGUUGUUUUUGUCGGUGGUGAGUUCAGAUAUUUAUUUUACAAGAAUGAGCUCAUGCCUUUCCAAGCGGAUUGCACUUUGGAACUCAUUUAUAACUUGUAGGUGUAUGUAAUAUAUUUUGUUUUAUGGAUUUGAUUUUUAAAUGAAUGUUCAGACUACUAAAUGUGUUUACUUACUGGGGUUGGGAAUAAAGAUUUGUCCUGCUUAAACAA